AUGGCAGUGGCCAUGCGCGAAGACGAUUUGGACGAUGAAGUUCCGGAGGAUGAUGAUCCCAAUUGCCCCAUGAUUUUAUUUACGGCGAUGGAAAAACAAAGAUGGAGGCGCAAAUGGCGAUCUGCCCUAAUUGUUACUGUUUUCUUACGUACGUUCCCGUAUCCAGUUAUUACGCGCAGUAUAAGAUUGAAGGGAUCGCCUAUUAUAUUGAAUUCGAAGGUCUCCACCGGAUAUGCUCAGAGUGGGAAGUAUGGUCAUUCGAAAAUGGCUUGUCCUAAGCUGGCACCGAAAACAGGAGUAGAGGUCCCACCAACCUCCCCACCUGAGGAACCAGUGCCACAGAGACCCCUCUAUGGGGAAUGGAUGGUGGUGAAGCCCAGAGGAAGGAACGUGACUAGGCAGCAACAUUUUGUUACAAACCAGGCAACGAACCAGUAG